GCUUUAUUAGAUAUACCUGCAUUAUGGGGGACGAGGAAGACGUUUGUCGUGUUUGUCGUAGCGAACGCACAGAAGAGCAGCCGUUGUUCCACCCUUGUAAAUGCGCCGGCAGUAUCAGAUUUGUGCACCAAGAUUG